AUGGCUCCGUCCCCCUUCGGCUCCGGCAUCGAGACUCUGUCUCGUCUCCAUGUCCGAAGGCUAAGGAGGCCAAUCUCGACUCCCCCGCCGCAACUAUUCGUGUUAGCUUGCUCACCCAAUCGUUAUCUCGCUGGACAAGAUCCCCGAGGCAAGGGUGGUGAUAAGUAUCAGAAGCCCAGCUUCCCGUCUCUCCUCUCGGCGGCGGCUCGAUCCGGAAGCUUGAUGAAGUCGGCAGCGGUAACCUACCCCCUUCGUUACAACACAGACGGAUCCUGGGCUUGGGCCAGCAGAAGAAUGGGCCUCUAA